AAAUGCGCCCCAUGUGCGCGGCUAUUCAGUUUUCAGUUUCCCCCAUUGCCGCCGGUUGCCCAGAUUUCAGUUUGAUUUUGUUGGGGUAAACAUGGCCACGCCAAGCCCCUCCACACCUGCCAGAUACCGCCUGGGCAGAGCUCAGAGACCAGAGGUGGAGGAAACGAUGAAAAAGAAAGAGACUAUUCAGCAUUCAAAGACGGCAUUGCUCUGGGGAAUGGUGAAUUUUAUCAUGGCCACGGCUAUGCUUUUUGAGUUGUUUUUGGGACCUGUGGCAAGAAGUUUGAAUCUUACUCAUCCAGUUGUGUGGUAUUGUGAAUGUGCCAUAGCAGCUGUUUUUACCUUCAACUUUUUGGUAGAUUUCAUCAGUUACUUGGGACCUGCACUUUCACCUAAACCUGUAGAACUGACAGAGAAACAACAGAAACUUCUGGGAGUGAAAGACUCGGAUCCAGGGUUCAAAGUGUCCCCAGAGAAAGUUCCAUCAUCUGUUUCUCCAGAUGGAACCAUACCCUUCUCCCCCAGUAAUGUCAGCUUUUCUCCUGGGAGUAGCUUUUCCAGCCAUGGCAGUGGGUCCCCAGGGUCCCCGGGGUCAACAAACACCACAAUGUCCCCCUCACUUUUUAGCCCAUUGACCCCCAUCUCACCGCUGAGUUCCAGCUAUACCUCUCCAUCAAGUCCUGGUCACGUGACCUACCAUAACCAAUCACAGUCCUUUUAUGGAAGCCCGAGUACUUCCUUUGGAAGGAAUACCAGUCCAUACACCUCUAUGAAUACAUACGGCCUGUCAGCACUAUUUCGUGAGACACCAGACUCCAAUGGAUUGAUGAGAAGGGCAUCCAGAAACUCUCCAAUGAGUGCAGACAAUGUAAUCUCAGAUAUGGGAUCUCUUCGUCAGUAUCUUCAAGAACAGGAGGAAAGAGAGUUCAAGUCACAGCUAGCCAGUGACUCGUCCCCCAGUUCCGGGCCCUCUUACUGGAACUUUAAUCGUUCUGCCAUGGACUACACCCCUGUGUUGAGGAAAUAUCAGUACCAGAUUGCCAGCAGAUCUCCCCAGUCUGCCAAGAAACGCUCCUCAGAUGAUCCAGAUCACCCUGCUAAAUAUACGGGAGAUGAGGUUUGGCUGAAGUUGGGAGUGUCAAGAGAAGAAUUGGACUGCUGGACAGAAAAUCUACGCAAGUGGUUAAGCCAGACUAUCUUCAGGAGACUGGUGACUCAGAUCAAUGAGAUUAACAGAGAACUAAGCAAGAUAGGAUGUGAAGAUAUGCAGAUUGGAGAAGUGAGUAUCUCCACACUUAAACAGUUAGGAGUCACCAAGAGCCAGUAUGUGCCCACCCUGAACACUGUGAUCCCCUUCCUAGAGGUCACUUCAAAACAAGAGUACUUAGUGGAGAGGAUCAAAGAGUUAGGCAAGGGUGGCUGUCUUAGUGACUUUAACUGGAAUGGAGGUUGUGAUGUCAAAGGAAAACCCUGGGGGGAGCACCUGCCAACUGACUGUGCAAUAGUGAUGCACGCAUUGUGUAGCUACAUGGAUUCCCGCCUUCCUCCUCAUCCAAAGUACCCAGAUGGCAAGACUUUUACCUCAGAACAUUUUAUCAAGACGCCAACAAAGCCAAAUCUGACAAAGAAAGAUCAGCUACUGUUGUACCAGACUGGCAUCAAUCCCCCACAUUACAAAGUCAUCAAUGGAGAUGACACUUGGGAUGUUGUUAAGGGAAGAAAUAACAUGUUCCAUUGUAUUUUACUGUUUUUACAUCAUAUCAAGACAAAAGAGCAUGGGAUGCUAGGGAGAGUAAACCUAGGCAUGUCAGGAAUCAACAUUCUUUGGGUUCUAGAUACAUCAUGACACUGGCUGAUGGAUAUGAAAAGUGAACAAAGCCAAAAAAAAGCUUGAAAAGACAUGCUUGAAUUAUCUGGGGCUCAUUAGUGCAAGCAAUUUUGAUUCUGUGGAUAAUGAUGCACCCAGAGAAAAAAAAAAGGAAAUCAUUAUUUAUCCAAAUUGCCAUCUUAAAGUUGUAGGUGUAUUUCACAGCAAACAGCAAUUAACAUGUUUUAGUCAAACAUAUUCAGAUGAAAUAACAAGAAACAAAAAGAGGCACAAUUUUUACCUUGAUCAUAUUUUUUUAAAAACAAUUUUAGGAAUGUUAUAUUAUUUUUUUGUAUUUUUGUGUGUCUCAAACAGAUCCUUCAGCAUACUGCAAAACUGAAGUUAAGUAUUGUGGCUUAGUAAAGCAAAUGUAAUUGGACGUCCACUUUGUAACUGCUACAUCUGGCUGUGACUGUUCCUGGUCAUGAAAUAAAUUUUUAAUUUAA